GUGGGCUUUUGUUUCUCACAAUUUUCAGACCACAUAGCUUUAGUUUGGUACCUGUGUUUCUUGAUUUUCCAAUACAAGAUUUCAGUUCAGAUAUGGGUGUGCUCAAUUAUGAGGAUGAACUGAUCUCCCCAGUCCCACCAGCUAGGUUGUUUAAGUCCCUCGUUCUGGACGGAGACAACCUCAUUCCUAAGCUUCUGCCACAUGCCUUUAAGAGCUUUCAAAUCCUAGAGGGCCAUGGAGGACCUGGAACCAUCAAAUUGGUCACUUUUGCUGAUGGGAGUCCUUACAAGACAGCAAAGCAUCGUAUUGAUGAAAUUGACGAGGAAAAUUACAUAUACAAGUACAGCGUGAUAGGAGGUGAUGCUCUUGGGGAAGAUUUUGAUUCCAUGACGCACGGUUUCAAGAUCGAAGUCGGGGCGGAUGGAGGAUCUAUCUGCAAAACCACCAGCACAUUCCACACCAAAGGGGAAGAUCAUGUUAUACAAGAAAAGAUCAAGGCUGGCAAAGAGAGGGCAAAGGCAAUUUUCAAGGCUGUUGAGACUCACCUCCAUGCACACCCUCAUGAAUACAACUAAUUAUUAAUUAAAAUGGCUGUUUCUUAAUUAUAUAAAAAUGAAAUAAAAUGGAGUGUGCCGGUGUGAGAGUGUGUGUGAAUUGUGACUAUCAUUUCUAUUAAUUUAAGGUGUGUAAUUAUCCCUAUGUAUGAUUCAACUCAUGUUGUAAUAACGUAUAUGUAUUAAUGAAUGUAUGGAUAUAUGUUUAUGGUGAA